AUGUUCAGGAAGAAGAGGAAGAAGAGAUAGUCGAAUCUGAUCUUGAGCUCAAAGGCGACAUUGUGGAGCCUGACAAUAAGCCUUCUCAGAAGAUGGGAGACGCAUCUGUCGAGUUCAUUUAAGAGAAUCGUGAUGCCUUUAUAGAUAGGAGCAUGGUCAGGAUUUUGUUCAAAAGCCAUAGACCCAUUUCGCAAUUUCGCCCUUUUCUUAUGAAACCCACCACCUUUGGUCUCUCUGAGGUUCCAUUGUUCCCAAAUACGAGUACCCAGUUUAGUUUCUGACCCAGUUUUUGGAAAAAGGUUACAUUUUUAGGUUGGUUUGCGCUUUGUUCGUUUGGAUCAUAAUUGUAGAGACCCAUUUGCGAAGUUUGAAGCUUUGGGUGGGCUUGAGAUGAACGUUGUUGAGGAGGAAGAGAGUGCUUUUGAGAUUGGGGUUGUGGUUCCAAAGAGAAAUGUUAAGGCGGAAGAAGAGGAUUACUGUGUUGAGGUUUUGGUCAAUGAAUUCAAGAAUGUGGGUUUUAUAGUUGAGAGAGUCCCUGGCGUUGUUGAUGACUUCAUCAAGCUGGCAACGCCUUUGGAGACAUUGGGGAGAGCUGCAGUCGAGUUGCAAAUCAAAAAGCGAACUCGAAUUGGGAUGGAUUUACAAUUUGAAUGGGACGAGGUAGAUGCUUUUGUGAGGCAACCUUAUGGUUCAUUGUUCAGCUGGUGUGAGCGUUUUCAUUGCUAUAGGCACUUGAUAUAUGGAAUUAUGAACAAGAGCAAGUCAGCUGUAACCUUGAGAUUUGAUGGGAAAGAGUUCAAUUGGGAAGUUGGGGAAUAUUUACUUAAGAAUGGCUGCAGUUUUGUCACAUUCUAAAUGAGAUGACUUUUGACUGAUAGAUGAAGUGAAAAGGAAGAAACUCCUUCACACUUGGGCUUUGCACUGGUG